ACACACACACACACACACAUUUUUAAAAAGAGACCAGCAAUUUUGUUAUUGUUUGUACAGACAUUCACUAUUCUUACUCUCACACACACACUGCUAUUGCGAUGGCUGAGGUAGGGGGCUUUCUUGGAUCUCUGGAUUUGGAUUUGCAUGGAUUUUCCUCCUCUCUUGGGAAUGUUGCUUUAGCUGAUUCUCCUGGUUUUUUGAAUGAGAGAUUGGGACAGAUUGAAGGAAGGCUCCAGAGGGGAUCUCCCACUGACUUUGCCCACCUUAAAGGUAUCCUCAGGCGGAGGCAGCUCUACUGCAGGACGGGCUUCCAUCUGGAAAUCUUCCCUAAUGGCACGGUGCAUGGCACCAGGCAGGAUCACAGCAGAUUCGGGAUUUUGGAGUUCAUUAGCCUGGCGGUGGGGCUGGUUAGUAUCCGUGGGGUGGAUUCAGGACUCUACCUCGGAAUGAAUGAGAGAGGCGAGCUGUAUGGGUCGAAGAAGCUCACGAGGGAGUGCGUUUUCCGAGAGCAGUUUGAAGAAAACUGGUACAACACCUAUGCCUCGACCCUCUACAAACAUUCCGACUCGGAGCGACAGUAUUAUGUGGCUUUGAACAAGGACGGCUCACCUCGUGAAGGAUACAGGACUAAGAGACACCAGAAGUUCACUCAUUUUUUACCCCGACCUGUGGACCCUGCUAAAAUACCUGCAAUAUACAGAGAUCUUUUCCACUAUAGGUGAUAUUUCCUGCAGCUGUCCAAUCAAUGUACAUACUUGGGUUCCCAAGCUUUUUCCUGGAGCAUUAUAUUAAUAGUCAUUCCAUCAUUCCUAUAAACUUAGAUAACAUAGAAAAGCACUUACCUUGAAUUCAACACUGCCAUUCCUCAUUGUUUAAAGUGUAUAUCAAAGCUGGGUUAUUUGUGGGGGUGGGGGAUAGGGGAUGGGGAGGGAGCCCU